AAUGGCCAUACAGUACACUUCAAUAUGAUUUAGGGUGUAGCUGAGAAAUGGAUGUUUUUAACAAACUCCGCAGUGCAGUCAGCAGUGCUCUUCCUGGAAUUCCCCUUUCUAAAGACUUUGAUGUCUCUAACCACAUCGCCUCGGGUGGACCAGGGCUGUCAUGGAAGAUCUACAAUGCCAUUAAGAGGACCACUAAGCAGGAAGCAGCAGUCUUUGUGUUUGAAAAGAAGCAGUUGGAAAAAUACUCCAAAAGAGACAGAGAAAUGAUUAUUGAGUCAUUGAAGAAAGGUGUUUCACAGCUGACAAGAUUGAGGCACCCCAAGAUUUUGUCUGUCCUUCACCCCCUGGAGGAAUCAAGAGAGGCCCUUGCCUUUGCUACAGAGCCAGUGUUUGCUAGUUUAGCCAAUGUUUUAGGAGAUCACACAAAUGUACCCACUCCUGUCCCCCCAGAACUGGCCGAGUUUAAACUAUUUGAGGUGGAAAUCAAACACGGUGUCCUACAGUUGACAGAGGGACUGGGAUUUCUUCACAAAGAUGCCAAAAUAAUGCACAACAAUGUGUGUCCAUCCAGUAUUAUUAUAAACAAGUAUGGAUCAUGGAAGCUAGCUGGUCUUGACUUUUGUGUUCUAAAUGCCAACCAACAGGACCAAAGUACUUUAUUUCUGUGUAACGAGUGGAGUCCUGACCAGCCCCCUGUGACCCAGCCAGACCUGGAUUACCUGGCCCCAGAGUACUCCCUGACCCACAGCUGUAGUGAGGCCAGUGACAUGUUCUCCCUGGGGGUCCUAAUCUACUGUAUCUACAACCAAGGCAAACCUCUGUACGAGUGUCACGGCCAGCUCUCUCAGUUCAAAAAAUUCACAGAGGAGCUUAGGAAAUUCAGGUCAUCUCUUUUGGGAAGUGUUCCUGACAGUCUUCAACAAUAUGUGAAACUCCUCCUUAACACAGAACCCACAGUCAGACCAGAUCCUAGUCAGUUAAUGAAGGUUGAUUUCUUUGAUGAUGUUGGAACUGUAACUCUGCAAUUUAUGGAUACCUUAUUUCAACGAGACAAUCUGCAGAAAUCUGAGUUCUUCAGAGGCCUUCCCAAAAUCAUGAAAAACCUUCCCAAGAGAGUGAACCUGCAGCGUAUUCUGCCGCCUCUGGUGAAGGAGAGCAUGAACUCGGACAUGGUGCCCUUCACCCUCCCUAGUCUCCUUCUGAUGGCGGACCAGGCGACGGACACAGAGUAUAGAAGUGUUAUAUUCCCCGCCCUUAUUCCUCUACUUAGGAUUAAAGAACCUAUACAGGUAUCACUGAUCUUCAUGCAAAACAUGAAGUUACUGCUGAAAAAGACUCCUAAGAAUGAGAUAACCAGUCACAUUUUACCCAUGAUUCAUCAGUCACUAGAGGCAGAUAACAACUCUCAACUACAGGAUAUGUGUUUGGAUAUUGUGCCAACAUUUGCUGGACUGAUAGAAUUCUCUGCUUUGAAAAAAUCCAUCCUGCCUCGGAUAAAGAAGAUCUGUCUGUCAACUGGAACUCUCUCUGUGCGGAUUAACUGCCUGCUAUGUAUUGGUAAGCUGCUGGAGUACAUGGAUAAAUGGACCGUUCUGGACGACGUCUUCCCACUCCUACCUCAGAUACCCUCCCGUGAGCCUGCCGUCCUAAUGAGCAUCCUGGGAAUUUAUCAGGUGACCAUGUCGCAUGCCAAACGAGGGAUUACUAAGGACAUCCUGGCUACAAAAGUUCUACCAUUCCUGAUACCAGUCAGCAUUGACAGUAAUCUGAAUCUGUCACAGUUCACUGCCUAUAUAACUACAAUCAAGGACAUGAUUAACAAGCUGGAGGCAGAGCAUUCCAGUAAACUAGAACAGAUCGACAAAAUGAGACAAGAACAAAAAACUAUAGAAAUUACGAAAAUAACAGGACAAGAUGAAAAAUCUACCAAAACUGAGGAACCUAAAACUAUGAUGGACCAGUUUUUGAGUGGGUUUGGUGUGGAACAAACUGUCACAAAUAGUAAACAGACUCCUGAGCCAUCUAGAACUCCAACCCCAUCUAAUGCCAAGGACAGCCAAUCUAAAUCUGUCCCAAAGACACUCUCUCUAGAAGAGAAACAGCGAUUAGCUCAGCAACAGGAGCAACAGAGGAGGUUUAAAGAGCAGAAGCCUCUAACAAUGUCUGCCAGCAAAGCUGCACCCUCUGUAUCAAAGUCACAACCCAAAGAUUUAACUGCUUCAUUGAUGAACUCAAACACAAUGGGACAACCAAAGAUGACUGGAGGUCAAGGGCUGAUGGGACAACAAAGUAUGAAUUCAAAUGUUAUGCAGUUUUCUCAUGGUGUGUCUAGUACUAGUGGAUUUCCAAAUUAUUCUGGGAUAGGAUCUGUGGGGCAAUCUCAAAGUUCUUCAGGAAUUCGACCAACAUCAACAACAAACAAUAAACAGUCAUUUGAUUUGUCAGCAUUUGACUCAAUUCUUCCUAGUUCAUCACAACCAAAGGCAACUCUGAAUCAAAUGUCUGGUAUUCAGUCACAAGGAUCUUCAUUUCCUAUGAGCAGUUCAUCAAUGGGUUCAAUGAUGAAUCAGCCUAUGAGACCACAGACUAUGUCAAGCACCAGUAUGAUGCCAGGACAGCCAGGGAUGAUGGGUAACUCGGGAUUCAUGGGACAGCAGAGCAUGAUGGGAAAUCAGGGCAGGAUGGGGAACCAGGGAAUGAUGGGAAACCAGGGAUUUAUGGGACAACAAAAUAUGAUGAGUAAACCCCCCUCUAUGAUGCAGGGACAGUUUAAUAUGCCAUUGAACAGUAUGAAUAUACCCCAGAAUCAAGGAUUUAGUAACUCACAAAGUUCAAAUCUCAGCAGUAAUGAUAUAUCAGAUAUAUUUGGGUAACUUUUGUGAUUUAUUAAUUAGCACAUGUUGAUAAAAGAGAGAUUAAUGCCAAAGUGAAAGAUGUCGUUGCAGCAUCCUUAAAUAUGUAUCUAAAAUCUUGUCAUAUUUUACGUUAACAUUUCAUUAUGAUAGUUAUUUAACAUGUGAAAGAAUCCUUAUUUAUAUUUUUUUUCUUCAACAUUCCACACUAACUUUUUAAACUAUUUAUUUCUUUUUGCAAUGCUUUGUGCAAUAUUAAUAUUAUAUACUUAUAUUCCAUUUUACUGCUUUUAUCAAUGUAAAUGAUGUGAUGAGGUUCGGAUCAUUAUACUAAUGAGAGAAUGCACAUUUCUUAAUGUGCUUGAAAAAUUUUUUGUAUUUUUU